UCGUCAUCUCUCUCGUCUAUAUUAUCAUCAUCACUGAGUGUGAGAUAUCCUUUUGAUUUUUGUUUCUACUUUCGAAAUCUGAAGAUACAAUCUCAAUAUUUUUUCCUCCAAAAAUCCCUUAUAUUUCAAUUUGCUGAUUUCUCCUAAAGUUCUAGAGAAAAUCUGCGUCGAGAGUUUCUUUCUGGAUUUCUUCGUCUUCUUCCUUUUGCGACUCGCUCUGAAAGAAGAAAUCGUAAACUGAGAGGUCCUAGACUUUGAGGUUCGACGGAUUAUCGCCGGAAAAUCUCACCUUCUGUAUGAGAAUCUCGUGUUUCUUCAAUUUGACCGCUCAAAUCUGUGGAAGGUCUUGGUUUCUUAGAGCUCUACUGUUGUGAAACCCCUGAUUUUCAUCAAAUUGAGAAACCGGACUUGUGCAGAAUCCGUCAAUUCAUGGGGAAUUUACGCACAUUGCUGUAGAUUUCCAGUGGUUGGGAAAAAAUUUGGAAGAGAGUCAAAAGUUUCUAGGGUUUCAUAUUGAAGUUUCGAUUUCCAGAUGUACUCGAAGGAGUUCAUCCUCUCCCUCUCCAUUCUUCUGUGUCUCCCGAUCGUCUUCUUCUUCGUCGCGCCACAUGUCUUCCCUUCUCCUCCCGGCGAAUCUCUCAUCCCAAUCUCCGAUGAGAUCGACGACCAGAGCCUAUUCCUCGCCGCUGCUGGAUCAACCUCCCUCUCACAUCUCUCCUCCGGAAACCCUAAACCGAAGCUCAAGAUUGCCUUUCUAUUCCUCACCAACUCCGAUCUCCAUUUCGCGCCAAUCUGGGAUCGGUUCUUCUCUGGGCAUCCGCAAUCGCUCUACAACGUCUACGUCCACGCAGAUCCUUUCGUCAAUAUCACAAGACCUGGGAAAGGCUCUGUAUUCGAGAAUUCCUUCAUAGCGAACGCCAAGCGCACCGCACGAGCCUCCCCGACUCUCAUCUCCGCCACAAGACGCCUCCUCGCCACCGCCUUCCUCGACGACCCUGCCAAUACUUACUUCGCCGUGCUCUCUCAGUACUGCAUUCCUCUUCACUCCUUCAAAUACGUUUACAGCUCCCUCUUCGAAUCUUCCACAUUCGACAAAUCUGAUCCGGAUCCAAUGCCGACUCCCAGAGGUAUCCGGAUCUGGUAUCGGAGCUUCAUCGAGCUCAUCUCCGAUGAACCGAGGCUUUGGAAACGGUACAACGCUCGGGGAAGGUACGCUAUGAUGCCGGAGGUCCCGUUCGAGAAAUUCCGAGUGGGUUCGCAGUUCUUUGUCAUGACUAGAAGGCAUGCUUUGCUUACAAUCAAAGAUCGGGUCUUGUGGCGCAAAUUCAAGCUCCCGUGUUAUCGUUCCGACGAGUGUUACCCGGAGGAGCAUUACUUCCCGACGCUGUUGAACAUGAAGGAUCCGGAUGGGUGCACCGGGUAUACCCUGACCCGGGUCAACUGGACUGGCACUGUGAAAGGACAUCCAUAUACUUACAAACCCAAGGAAGUCGUGCCUGAGCUGAUCAAGAAACUCCGACGAUCAAGCCACUCAAGCUCCUACUUUUUUGCACGCAAAUUUACCCCUGAUUGCUUGAAGCCCUUGUUGGCCAUUGCAGACUCGGUGAUUUUCAGAGAUUAAAUGUUGCAGGAAAAGAUUUGGUGGUUUCUCGUCUGCUAGCAAAGUGGUAUGAGAGAAAUAGACAAUUUUUGAACCGGAGAAGUAUUAAACAAGUUUUAUGUUAUGGGUUGAAGAACAAAAAUUACUUCCAGGAUUAAAAAGAGGCAAGACGAGACAAUCUUUGGGGGCUUGAAAUUAAUAAACCAGCUUUAGUGGUACUUGGAGCGCACCCUUGUGGAGUUGUUGUGACAUAUAUAUCCCACGCAGACAAAGAUUCAUACACUCAGAGAUUUAUCAAAGUUGUAAUUUUCUUCUUUUUUGGUUCGUUUAGAGCUUGUGCUGUACAUAGCAGAUAUCUUUUGACCCCCCAAAGUGUGGGUUUUGUACUAUCAUGGUUGUGUUAAAGGAAAUGUAUGCUCUUUUC